GCUUCUACUCUGACCUCAGCAAACUGAUGAUGAAAAGAAGGCAACUGUGGGAUUAUUCAUUUCAGCUUCCCUGGAUGAUGGAUGAAGAGAUUGUCACUGCCACUCUGAUGCCAUCUGGGAACAUGACACCAAAUUCUAGCAUGACCCUGGAAUAGAAAACAACGUUUGCCUUUGUGAUUUUGUUAUUUAUUUUCUUGGAUCUCAUUGUUUGUUUCUUCUGAAUUCUCCUCAUCCUCUACCACAGUAUGCCAACCUCAACAUGGGCUGAUGGGCUCGAGGGCCUGGAGAAAGACCAGUUUGACUAUGCUCUUGCUUAG